GGUGACGCUAGAUGCAGCAAGGCGACCAUAGCGGAGGCAUCGUGUUGGUUUGUCAAUUGGACCGCAUUUGUUGCACUGUUGAAAUGCUUAGGCUAAGCAAGCUACCAUGAGGGGCUACAAAUGCAAUAUGUCUCGCCUCCUCCCUCGCACAUGCUACUCCGACGUGCGAUAACUACCCACGAUGCUCUACGCUGAAGAUAACAGGCUCGUAUUCCGGUUCGACGACCACCUUCUCUGGAUAGAGCCAUGGGGGGAGAAUGCACUCCGCGUGAGGGCAACGAAGCUUGCCUCCAUGCCCACUGAGGACUGGGCCCUGUCUUCGAAGGUCCCGACAACUCGACCGGUCAUUCAAAUCGAGGAGAGCAAGGAUUCCACCAUCUCAAACGGCAAGGUCAAAGCCACUGUCUCCCAACGUGGCAAGAUCACCAUCUACAACCACAAAGGAGUCAAACUCCUGGAAGAGUAUGCUCGCCAUCGCCGCGACCCAAAAGACCCCAAAUGUAGCGCUCUGGAGAUAGAGGCUCGGGAGCUGCGACCUAUCCUGGGGGGCGACUUUCACCUGACCAUGCGGUUCGAGUCGCUCGAUUCCAAAGAGAAGCUAUUCGGAAUGGGACAGUACCAACAGCCCUUGUUGAACCUCAAAGGCACAGACAUAGAACUGGCCCAGCGAAACUCCCAAGCAAGUAUCCCAUUUGCGCUCUCCUCGCGCGGGUAUGGAUUUCUCUGGAACAACCCGGCCAUCGGACGCGCCGUGCUCGGGACCAACACAAUGAGCUUUGAAGCCUAUUCCACCAAGGCGCUGGAUUACUGGGUCGUUGCCGGUGACACCCCGGCUGAAAUUGAGGAGGCAUAUAGCAAAGCGACCGGAUACGUCCCGAUGAUGCCCGAAUACGGUCUCGGGUUCUGGCAAUGCAAGCUCCGAUACUGGAACCAGGAGCAGCUACUGGACGUGGCUCGAGAAUACAAGCGACGAAAGGUGCCCCUGGAUCUAAUUGUCGUUGACUUCUUCCACUGGAAACAUCAAGGGGAGUGGAAAUUCGACCCCGAAUUCUGGCCCAAUCCCGAGGCCAUGAUCAAAGAACUCCAAGAAAUGAACGUCGAACUAAUGGUCUCCAUCUGGCCGACCGUCGAAACCGCCUCGGAAAACUACCCGGAGAUGCUCGAACGCGGCCUCCUAAUCCGUCACGACCGGGGGAUGCGAAUCGCGAUGCAAUGCGACGGCGACAUCACACACUUCGACGCCACGAAUCCAGAAGCCCGGGAGUACGUAUGGUCGAAAGCGCAGCAGAACUACUACUCGAAAGGCAUCAAAGUGUUCUGGCUCGACGAAGCCGAACCCGAAUACUCCAUCUACGAUUUCGACAUUUACCGAUACCACGCCGGCAGCAACCUACAGAUCGGGAACAUCUUCCCAAAGGAAUACGCCCGGGGGUUCUACGAAGGCAUGCAAGCCGCAGGGCAGGAGAACAUCGUCAACCUGCUCCGGUGCGCGUGGGCAGGGAGCCAGAAGUACGGGACGCUCGUAUGGAGCGGCGAUAUCGCGUCGUCAUGGCCCUCAUUCCGUAACCAGCUCGCCGCAGGACUGAACAUGGGACUGGCUGGGAUCCCGUGGUGGACGACAGACAUCGGUGGCUUCCACGGCGGCAACCCUGAAGACCCGGACUUCCGGGAACUGUUCACGCGGUGGUUCCAGUGGGGGGCGUUCUGUCCGGUGAUGCGUCUGCACGGCGACCGGGAGCCCAAGCCAGAGAACCAGCCCACGGCGUCUGGGUCCAACAACGAGAUCUGGUCGUACGGCGAGGAGGUCUACGAAAUUUGCAAGAAGUACAUCGAGAUCCGAGAGGAGCUGAGGGAUUACUCGAGGGGGCUGAUGCGGGAAGCUCACGAGAAGGGGACGCCGGUGAUGCGAACCCUGUUCUACGAGUUCCCGGAUGAUCACAGGGCUUGGGAGGUGGAGACGGAGUAUCUCUAUGGUUCCAAGUACCUGGUCGUGCCGGUUCUCGCGGCUGGACAGCGGACGAUCAAAGCGUAUCUACCUUCGGGGGCGUCGUGGCGACUGUGGGGGGAGGAUGAGAUCCGCCAGGGAGGCAGGGAGGUCGAGGUUGCUUGUCCCAUCGAGACGAUGCCAGUAUUUGUCAGGGUGUAACGCCCCGGCCUUGGUCAGAAUCAUGACUGUGAUCGUGAUCGUGAUCGUGAUCGUGAUCGUGAUGAUGCGGUGAGAGAUAUCAGUCGUGUAGCGAGCCACUUUGGUUGGGUGGAUGGAU